AUGAACCGCAAGCCAACACCACCACCUGUUAAAAUGGUGCUGAAGCCGGUGCCUGAUCACGGAACUCGCAUACAGUCCCCCCAAACAGGAUCCGAGGUCCAGUUUGUUCUUCCUGGCACGUUGCCGGAGCCUGAAGUCAUCCGGAUAAACACCGCAACUGUGUCUCAGCCCUUUCUAGAGCCGGAUAAGCUGGAACAGUGGAAAUGAGGAAAAAAGAAGCAACAAGCAAGCAUGGCCACCGAAAUUGAUCUUUUGACUCUUUUCGACUCGCAGAUUGCCGAAUGAUUCAUGUAAAUCACGGAACAGCUCGCAACUCCAGCGGUCCUUCUUUGAAAAUCUCCACAACUCUAGCAUUAACUCAAUGUGGCUUUUUUCCUCUCGAUGCGCA